AAAUAAUGUCUCGCUACGGAAAGCACCCACGCCUCAGCUUGGAGGAGGAAGGUGUAAACUUCCAGGACCCACCUGAAACAGACGAGUUGCCUCUGGUUCCCACAGCUGAGAAGGAGGAGAGAGAGGGAGAAGAGGAGAUUAAAGAAGAAGAUAACAAUAAGCUGAAAAAUGAGGAAGAUAACAAUGAGAAGCAAGAAGAUGAUGAAUCAAAGGGGGAAAAAGAUGGAGAAGAACAGGAGAAUGAGACAGGAGAGGAAGAAAAUGAUGCAGGAGAGGAAGAAAUUGAGACAGGAGAGGAAGAAUCAGACAUAGCUUCCAUCUUUUUUUCAUCUAAUGUCUCUUUACCUAGUUUCACCCCUCCUUCCCCUUCCUCCUCAUCCUCCUCUUCUUCCUUCUUUUCUCUGCUUCAGAGCAACCUAGGCGGAAGUGAGGGCUAUUCCCCUGGGAUGCUGAGUAUUUUUCAGAAUGCUCAAAGCUUCUUCCCAUCAUCUGCCAUAGGGGGGAAUUUAGAUGAAGGAACCAGCUACCAGGAUGAGAGUGUGGGUGCCAUCCAGUCUCCAGAAAACCCUGAAGCCUUGCUGAAUAUUGUGAUACAAGAAAAGGCUACUGAUUUGGUGUUUCUUUUCAUUUACAAGUAUAGAAUGAAGGAACCCAUCACAUUGUCAGAAAUUUAUGAGGUUGUCACAAAAGAUUAUGAGAACCAUUUUCCUGUCAUCUUCAUGGAAGCUUCUAAAUGCUUGGAGAUGACCUUUGGUAUUGAUAUAAAGGAAAGUGAACUUCUAAGCAGUGCUUAUGUCUUUGUCAACUCACUGAACCUCACCUAUGAGGACAUGCUGAGUGACAAUGAUAGACUGCCUAGAAAUGCUUUUCUGAUAGUUAUUCUGGGUGUAAUAUUCAUAGAAGGGAAUUGUGCUUCUGAAGAAAGAAUCUGGGAAUUCUUGAAGCUGGUGGGAGUGCAUGACGGAGAGGAGCACUUCAUUUGUGGGGAUCCCAGGGAGUUCCUCACCAUAGACCUAGUGCAGCAAAAUUACCUGGAGUAUCGGCAGGGGGCUGAUAGCCAGCCUCCAUGCUUUGAGUUCCUGUGGGGUCCAAGAGCCUAUGCUGAAACUACCAAGAUGAAAGUUUUGGAGUUCUUGGCAAAGAUGAAUGGGUGUGAUCCAACUGAUUUCUCAGUCUGGUAUGAAGAGGCUUUGAGAGAGGAGGAAGAGAGGGCCUGGGCCAUGAAUGACUCUGCAAAUGGAAGCCCAACUUCAUGGCUUGUAGAGCGCUGAUUAUCAGUUUCUCUUACCCAGUGUGAGGGACCUGUUUUUCAUGGGUUCACUAUAAUUUUGAAAAGAGCAGCCAAAAGUUUAAGUUAGAAAAUGUAAGAAAAAUCACUAUGCUAAUUUGGGGUUUGCUUAGCUGUUUAGUUUGGGGUUAAUUUCAAAUGUUAUUCCUUGUAAGCAAAAGUUGAUUAACUUUAGAAUCCAAGAUUGAAACUGGUAAC